AUGUCGAUUCUAAAGGGGCUGAUGUGGGCUGCUCAUACCAAGGAGGUUAUCAAUAGGAAGUCAGUAUUUCUGCAGCCCUCCCCUCAACUUAAAUUCACAUUUAAGGGUGAGGUGAAGGCGCUACAAUGCGCCCUGGCGCUGGAGAUCCGCUCUGUAACUUGCCCAGGAGUGGUGCUGAAAGACAAGGAGGACAUCUAUCUUAGCAUCUGUGUGUUUGGCCAAUACAAAAAGACACAAUGUGUCCCAGCCAAUUUUCCAUUGGUCUUCAAUGCCAGAAUGGUGUUUGAAAAGGUGUUCCCUGAAGCAGUGGACCCUGGAGAUGUGGUUGCACAGCUUGAAUAUGAUACAGCAUUGUUUGAGUUGAUUCAGCUAGUUCCACCAGUGGGUGAAACGUUGUCUACAUAUGAUGAGAAUACACGAGAUUUCAUGUUCCCGGGUCCAAAUCAAAUUUCUGGACACCAUGAUUCAAACCGCCAGGUUACCAUGAGGAGGAUUUCUGGCCUUCGAGGAAUUGCUCCAAAGCUGGAAUUUUCUACAACCUCAGUGAUUACUGAAUGUCUGAUAAGUUCAAGGAAGUGCCGCACUCAGGAUAAAUUCAUUUACCAUACGGCUCCAGUUGAAAAACCACACGGCAGACUGCAAAACAGAACAUCGAGGUCACAGAAGAAAAAAUCCAAGUCACCUGAGAGAAAUAAGUAUUGCAUAAAUGCAAAAAGCUACGAACAGCCUACAAUUUCUUCAAAAUCACACUCUCCAUCUCCUUACACAAAAAGACGCAUGUGUGAGCUAUCAGAAGACACCAGGCGGCGGCUGGCCCAUUUAAAUCUCGGCCCUUAUGAAUUCAAGAAAGAAACAGAUAAACCUCCAUUUGUGAUUAGACAUGUCGAUCCCCCAAGUCCCAGGGCCGAUGCUUUAUUUGGAUCUCCUGGCAGAGACUGUGAAAGAGAUGGAUGGUCCAGGCUGCACAAUGAUCAUUCUCAUCUUGGCUGCUGUAGACCCAAGGAUUAUAAGGUCAUCAGAACACCUCAUGGGAGAGACUUCGAUGAUUCUUUGGAAAGGUGUGAAGACUAUUUGAGUUCAAGGUCAGGCAGUAAGCCCCAGCAUUCAGCCAGGACCUUACUUGUUCAUUCAGCACCCUCUACCAUGCCGAAGCAUUCUCCAAGCCCUGUGUUAAAUCGAGCUUCUCUCAGGGAAAGGUUCCAUUCUGAUUGGUGUUCACCUUCCAACUGUGAUGAGAUCCAUGACCGGGUAAAGAAUGUCUUGAAAUCACAUCAGGCUCAUCAAAGACAUUUAUAUGAUGAGCGAGACCCAGAGAAAGAAGAGGAACUGGAACUGAAAAGAGGUCUUUUAUAUAGAGACUCUGCCUAUGACAGCGACCCAGAGUAUAGCUCAUUUCAACAGCCACGUGGCACUCUCCAUUUGGAUGAUGGUGAAUACUGGUCCAACAGGCCAGCCUCUUAUAAAGGAAAAUCCCACCGACCCAUCUUUGAGAACAGCAUGGACAAGAUAUACAGGAACUUAUACAAAAAGGCCUGUAGUUCUGUUUCUCAUACACAGGAAAGCUUCUGA